AUGGCGCUCAAUGGUCAACACCAUGCGACUACGACUGCUACUGGAGACAAUCUCGACACCAGUUUUCCCUCUCCUUCGGCUCACGCACCCCGAGUCUUCUCAGUGGAAGGUUUCCGUGUGACAACUCAGAAGCUGCCUAUCCUGAAAGCUGGGCCCAUUGAAGAAAUGACCUCCAAGCUUGGAAUCGCCCCUCCAGAAAUGAUCUUUGGCGACAAUCUUGUAGCCAUCGAGCACCCUUCCUCUCACUGGGGGAUCAAGUUUGACGCCUUCGGGGCUCUGGAUCGUGUGGACAAGACCGGGCAAAAGAGAUUGAAAGUGGCAUAUUCCAAGGAAUGGCAUCAGAGUAGGGAAGAUACCCAUGACAUCAAAGAGGUCAUCAAACCCUUUGACUGGUCCUACACCACUGACUACAAGGGAGACCUCGCGCCUGGUUCUCCAGAUUUCCAACCCUCCUCCGAAGCCAUCCCGCUCGAGCUAUUGAAGAGACCCGACCCUAUUCUGUUCUUCGACGAUGUGAUCCUCUACGAGGAUGAACUCGCAGACAAUGGCAUUACCAUGGUUUCAUGCAAGAUCCGCAUCAUGCCAGCGCGAUUACUGUUACUGUGUCGCUUUUUCAUGAGACUGGACAAUGUCCUGUUGCGCCUGCGAGACACCCGGAUAUACAUCGAUUUUGGAAAGAAGGAGGUUAUUAGAGAGUACGUCGAAAAAGAGGAGGCAUAUGAUACUGUUCGAGAAGACUUGGCCAGUCGCAGAGACGAUGUGACUGCAGUGCUUAGAGAUCCAAAUCAAAUGGCAGAGCUUUUGCCCAUCGUUACUAAGACUCUCGAAAGUGUUCAGCUGGGCAAGUGA